CGUUAGAUAGUGCCCAAGGCCUAGACGUUCGUAUGUCUACGCAUGCGCUGUCUUUAAACCCGUGCGUGGUUUUUUUCCCCCAUUUCCCGGGAGAGCUCACUGCGCAUGUGCUCACUGGAUCGCCUCGAACCUACUGCUUAUGCCCAAAGAGAGGUCAGAGGUCACGGUAGCGGCAGAAGCAUCAAGAGAAGGAAGAGGCGGCGGCUUCUGAUCGGAUCCAUCAUGGUCGCGGCUGAGGCCGAGGCGGCUUCCUGAGGCCUCGUGUAGAAGUUUCGACCAUGCACAGUUUAGCGACGACUGCACCGGUGCCAACAGCACUGGCUCAGGUUGAUCGAGAAAAGAUUUAUCAGUGGAUUAACGAGCUUUCCAGCCCUGAGACUCGUGAAAAUGCACUGCUGGAGCUUAGUAAGAAGCGAGAGUCGGUCCCUGAUCUAGCUCCAAUGCUAUGGCACUCUUUUGGCACAAUUGCAGCACUCUUACAGGAAAUUGUAAAUAUCUACCCAUCUAUAAAUCCACCAACUUUGACAGCUCAUCAGUCCAACAGAGUCUGCAAUGCUCUAGCACUUCUGCAGUGUGUUGCAUCACAUCCAGAAACCAGGUCAGCCUUCCUUGCUGCUCACAUUCCCCUUUUCUUGUAUCCUUUCUUGCAUACUGUUAGCAAGACUCGCCCCUUUGAGUAUCUGCGACUCACCAGCCUUGGAGUAAUUGGGGCCCUAGUGAAGACAGAUGAGCAAGAAGUAAUCAACUUCUUGCUGACAACGGAAAUUAUCCCUUUGUGCUUACGCAUCAUGGAGUCUGGCAGCGAACUUUCCAAAACGGUUGCAACUUUUAUUCUACAGAAGAUUCUGUUGGAUGAUACAGGACUGGCUUACAUCUGUCAGACAUAUGAGCGAUUUUCUCAUGUUGCAAUGAUAUUGGGUAAAAUGGUCCUGCAACUUUCCAAGGAGCCUUCUGCCAGGCUGUUGAAACAUGUGGUCCGUUGUUACCUUCGCCUUUCUGAUAAUCCAAGAUGUAGGGCACGGGAAGCCCUCAGGCAGUGCCUUCCUGACCAGCUGAAAGAUACCACUUUUGCCCAGGUUCUGAAAGAUGACACCACCACCAAGCGUUGGCUGGCACAGCUGGUCAAGAAUCUUCAGGAAGGCCAAGUCACCGACCCCAGGGGCAUUCCCCUUCCUCCACAGUGACAACCAAGGAGGUGACCAAACCCAGGAGGAAACAGCUCAGGUUUACAGAGAGCCAGGAACCAAUGACCUCUUCCAGAUCCUGUCAGGCAUGUGUGGGCAGCUUCUUGGACUGUCAAUAGCCAUCUGGACAGCAGCCCAUUCUAUAGCAACUUUUCACCAUGCCUCUGAGGAUUAUGACACCAGCAAACACAGUUGGGACACGGAAGCCUUUUUUCGGGUGUGGGCUUCGUUGCAAUCAUCAGUUGAGCACCAGGUUUGGCAGGACCUUUGCCAACAGCAUGUCUCCCUGUCUGGCUCAGUGUGACAGGCUUGGGAAGUGUUCCCCAAUUUCCUUGUUGCUCAGUGUUUACAUGUGGGUUUAAUAAAGUUUGAUCUGGUCAUUUGACCCUCUUAGGAGUACCAUUUGAGCUGCACCUAGCCCAAAUAGAGGAGAUCUGUUUUCCUUUUUCCAACUGGGAACAGUGAUUUUAACCGAAAAGCUCCUAUUGUUCCUUAGAAAGAUAGCCAUUGUGGCUGGGAAUCUUUGAGUUCUAACUCCUAGAGAAGUGGGAGAAUAUAGUAUAUCCUCAACUUCUUACAUUUUUCCCGGUAGGUGGGAAGGCAAUGAUUUCCUGGGCUGCACUCCUUUGGCCAAGCAUUAGAGCAGCCUCUGCCUCUGUGACUGUAUUUGAACCGGUGUCAGAUGUUCCACUGGUCCACCUUCCCUUCCUUCCUUGUUGGUAAGAUCCAGAAAGCUGCCAAAACAUUCCUCUACUAUUCAAACUGUGACAGAGAGGAGAGGUUAUUGUGUGUGUGCCAUGGCUCAGCACCACCAAGCCAUAAGGCCUUCACUUAGUUGCAACCAAUGCCUCUGGCUAGUAUAGGGUUAAUACUAGGGAUGAGCAGACAGCACAGAGACCAAGAACUAUUUCAGGCAGUUAGUAAGGGCUGCAGGUAUUUCAGCCUUAAUGGCUGACACUGGAAGCUAAUAGCUGUAAAACUCAAGGGCUCUUGUGCUCUUUAUCCCCUCCUCCCCAUGCUAGCAGGCUAAGUGCAUCCAGAUCAUCAUCGUGAACCUAACUCCAUCUGUUGGCGUCUGCCUUGGCUGAGGAGCCAUUAAGCAGUCUGCAAAGGCAGCCUUUUGCCCACCCUCUAAGAACAGAAGGAAAAUAAAAGAAAGGGAGGGGAUAGGGAGAAGAAAUAAUCCAGGCUGUCCGUCAGUUGCACAACAACAUUGGAAGCAGGUGGCUUCUGGGUCCUUGCCAGAUUCCUUGGUCUCAGCACCUGCUGCUGGAUUGGGUAGGAGCAUAUCUUCCCUUUUUAAAGUUUUGCUGAUGGCUGGCGAGGCCACGCCAAGAGUGUCUUAACUCUUCCCUCUCUACAUGAACUGCUUUUGCUCUUCCAGCGGCUCCCCGUUUUAUAUCAGUCUUGUCUUUCCAUCCCUGCCUUGAGUGGACUUUACCAACUGCUUUUGUUUUGUAACUUGAAUAAAAAAUAAACCAAUUAAAUGUG